GCUGACGUAAUUCCGCUCCGCGCGAAAUUUUGAGUGUUGCGUUCCGAUCAAAACAACUACCACAGUUCCCGCGUAACGCAACGAUAUCCGCCUGAAACGUUCACAAUGUCGGAGUUGGGCUGCUACUCUCCCAGCUUUAAAAAACCAUCCGAUGUUCUCCGGAUGAGACGGAAGCGCGCGCGGAGCGAAGGUCCCGGACGGAUAACGUCGAGUCCAGUGGUGUCAGUGGACGGAGUCCGUCCGUUCUCACCGGGCCCGCUGUUGAGCGCACCGGGCCGGGCGAGCGGCGGCGUGAAGCGCAGAAAUCCGUUCGCGAACAUUGAAAACACGUACAACAGUCCCAAGAAAAGAGCUUUAUCACAUAUCGACGGACAAAGCGGCGCGCUGGACGGUAAAAAGGCGGCAGCAGCAAUUACGGGUUUGGACGCGAAAUGUAGAGAAGAACUUCCGAACGCUGGAGUGUCAAUGAGAGAGGAGCUGUUCAAUACUGACCAACAACAACAACACCACCACAUAGAGACGCCUGUUUCUCUCUCUGAAGAUGAUGAUCUGUUUGAGGAUCUGUCCCCUCCAGUGCUGAAGAGUCCAGCGGUGGUUUGUGAUGCGGCUCCAGCUGAAGUGUGUCUGGAGUUCCCAGCUGAUUGGUCUCUUAAAACGCGUCUGUUGUUCACGUCUCCUCAGUCGUUCUCCUGGGCUGAACAUCUGAAGGCGCAGGAGGAGGCACAGGGCUUGAGCUCUCACUGCAGGGCUGAGUUCACCAGCUUACCUGCUAGUAUACAAGACCCCAGGGGCUGUGCGGAGCUGCGAUGUGGUUUUCAGCAGUGUCUUCAGUACUGGCAGCACCCGUCGCUACCCUGGCUCUCCCUCUUCCCACGGAUUGGUGCAGAGCGCAAGUUCUCUGGCAAGUGCAUGCCAUGGGCCCAGGAUGCAACACUGCAGCAGAAUCUGAUGAGUGACUGGUCUGUGAGUCUGACAUCUCUGUACAGUCUCCUGAAGACCCGACUGUGUCCAUAUUUCUACCUGUGCUCGUAUCAAUUCACAGUACUGUUCAGGGCGGCCGGUCUGAGCGGUGCUAAAGGCAUCAGUGCACUGCUGUCCCCCACCACUAGAGGACUGCGAGAGGCCAUGAAGGCCGAAGGGAUAGAGUUCUCCCUCCCUCUGCUGGAGGAGAGGAGGAAGAGCAAAGAGCUUGCUUCAUCUCAGCUGGGUGAGAGUGUUCACCGAGAGACCGAUGGUGAGGAAGCGGCCAGCGGCGAUGUAUUAAGUGAGCACAGUGAAAAUGAGGAGGAUGAUGAAGAUGAUGAUGAUGGUGGAUUUUCCUGGCUGAAGGAGAUGGGCGUCCAAGACAAGAUCAAGAAACCAGAUGCCAUUUCCAUCAAACUGCGUAAGGAGCACAGAGAGGUGCGUUUGGACCACAGACCAGAGUCCGUGGUGUUGGUGGAGGGUUCGAACACCUUCACGCUGCUCAACUUCCUCAUUAACUGUAAGAGUUUGGUGGCUGGAGCCGGUUCUCAGGCAGGACUUCCUCCAACACUGCUGGCCCCUACAGCCUUCAGAGGGGCCACACUGCACACGCUCAAGGCUCGUACUGUGAAUGUGAAGACUCGGGUGAGAAUGGGCUAUCAGGACGUGUGCAGCCUGGAGGUGACGGGACCCAUCAUGCCCCACACGCUACACGCGCUGACACAGCUCCUGAAACCCGCUCAGAAAGGAGAGUUUUCUGUGGGUCUCUACACCCAUGAACCCACAGCUGUCCUCAAUGUUCCCGUCAGCCAGACCUCUGAACCUCAACAACUGGAGGCCGUGGUACAGGAUCUCCGCAGGUGCGGCCUACAGCAGAGCUCCGUUCAACAGCUGGCAGGGCCGAGCAUGCUGGGAAAGAGUGCACUCAGACAGCUGCACAUGAGAGACUAUUCGUACAGCUGGAAGUCCUGAGCUCCGGCUCUCCUGCACCCUCGGCCACUGGGAAAACAUUUAUAGAGACAUGACAGGCCAGGCCUAUUAAUAUCUCUGGCAUAUUAGGCUUCCUUACUGUAGAUGUACCAGCUUCCAGGAGCGCUGCUGAACUCACUUGAUCAUAGAGAUUGUGCUAGUAUAGUGUGUAGCUUUUAGUUUUGUAUGGAAAUGUUAGGAGUUUGGAUCAGUUUACCUGUUUUUUUUUUUUUCAGUUGUACUGUAAUGUUUUUAGGCUAUGUGUGAUUUAAAGCUUAAUUUUUAAUCGACGUCUCUAGAUGAGAAACAAAAUAUUCCUUGAGAAAUGUGUGUGUGUCUAUAUAUAUAUAU